AUGGAGGAUUUGGGAGAGGAGUUUGAAGAUAAUUAUCGUAGUGAUAUCAUCCAUGCUGUGAUAGACAAAAUAUGUGGCAUUGUUGUUGAUGAGUCUAACCAUGGACGUGAAAAAGUGGAGGUGUUCGUUGGUAUAAUGUUCUUCGUCAAUCGUUUUGUUGAUAAAAAUAAUUUGAGCGAUGAUUGUGUGAUUUGUUUUGAAGAGCUUGGGAAGGAGGGAAAGGUGAUGUGCACACCUUGUUCACAUGUGUUUCAUGAGGAUUGUAUAGCAAAAUGGUUAGAGAAUGGCAAUUCUUGCCCUAUUUGUCGUCAUGAUCUCCCAGAUAUCUAA